AUGUCCGCCCACGAUGCCUGUGAAGUAUGCUAUCCAUUCUGGUCUCUGAUCAACGAAAGCAGUCGGUCUAGCAUGGAAAAGUUUGAUCACGAGUGGUCAUCUCGGCACCAAGCGGCCGAAACCUCCAGGACGCCGGGGCAGCCCCUUGACGAUCUCACCGGCCUUGUAACGAUAUGCGCCAUCGUCAACAUCGGUCAAGAAUCCGACGUGAAAUAUACUGGCAUAGACCUAGUAAUCUCUAUAGCUUUGGAGUCGGAUUACCGGGAUGAAAUCCCAAUGCUGGACGACAUCUCCGGGACAUACGUGGUGUUGAGAGGCCCUGAAAGAGAAAUGGAGAAAAUGACGCCAUUUUCAAGCAAGAAUACAGCCUCCGAGGAAUCGUGGAGUAAAGCCACAAAUUGGAUCCGACAAUGCAUCUCCAGUCACCUUGCUUGCAAUGUUGAGGAGAAUGCUGGGUCAUGGCGUCCCACUCGCCUGCUAGAUCUAGCUUACCCUACCUUGACCUCAGAUCUGUUCCGCAUCGUGGUGACUUCGGAGCUCGACCUCGACUCAGACGAGCGAUACACGACGUUAAGUCACUGCUGGGGCUCCGCCCAGUUUCUCCAACUGAAGAAGUCCACGUACGACGAAUUGUGUAAAGGUGUCAAGCUAGACAAACUGCCAAAGACUUUCCAAGAGGCCAUCCAAGUCACCCGACGGCUCGGCGUCAGAUUUCUCUGGAUUGAUUCACUCUGCAUCUUACAAGACCGAGACGAUCUAUCUGACUGGUUGGUCGAGGCGGCGCAGAUGCAUAAGGUGUACUCGCAUUCCUUCUGCAACAUUUCUGCUGCAGGAGCCCAUGACAGCUCCAAAGGUCUCUUUUUUGACAGAGAUCCGCGCAUAAGCCAUACAGCCGACGUUCGAAUCUGUAUCGAAGGACUUGGUCUUCCGCCUGGGAGCGGCUACAUGGACUGCAGCAUUUUGAAUUUGCUCUUUUGGAGCAAUAACAUCGGCCAGUCUCCCCUAAACACACGCGGAUGGGUCCUGCAGGAACGCCUGCUUUCUCCUCGAGUUCUGCACUUCGCCAGAGACCAGCUGUACUGGGAAUGCAGGGAGCACACGGCCGCUGAGUGUUACCCAGAGUCACUUCCCACGCCGUUACGCAACGGCGUCCACGCGAACUUCAAGAAGCUCGACCCAUUCUCGCGGAGCCCACUAUUGGAGGCGUCAGGGGACACUCUCAAUGAUCCCAUGUUUUAUCAUUCCGUCUGGAACUCGGUUGCACAGGAGUAUUCAAAUACCCGCUUGACCAAGAGUUCAGAUAAGCUGAUUGCUUUAUCUGGUGUCGCAAAGCAUUUCGCGACGCGGAUCAACGAUGUUUACGUCGUGGGCAUGUGGCGCAGGUACUUGGCAAGCAGCCUGCUGUGGGAGGUGGAGAAGGAAGCUCAAAGUGACGGGUCGCCGUCCAUGCGGCCGGAUACUUAUCGAGCCCCGUCCUUUUCGUGGCUCUCUGUGGACGGCGCAAUUUCGACCGCGCAGCCAACGGAUACCAAUCUACUCAUUGAAGUGGUUGACUUUCAUUUAGACUACGUAUCAGUGGAUAGGACGGGCCUGGUGGAAGGUGGAUAUAUCAACCUCAGAGGCCAGGUCAAACCCUUUGAAAUGGCUGUCAAGUACAUUCUUCGACUCCAGCAACUAUUCAUAAUGGUUGAUGGUAUCAUCGUCAGAGAUCCCAAGAAACAAGAUUGGGAAAACGGGCCGCUUGUGCACCUGGAUGUUGGUCAAGCAAGCUUCGAUGACGAGAACGAUAAGAAAACGCUCUACUACAUGCCAGCUCAGAAACAGAAAACCCCUGAGAAUCAUGUGUCGUACCUGCUGCUGGUAGCUCUGGAUACAAGCAGAUCUACGUACAGGAGGAUUGGGGUGGCCGUCACGGCCGAGGCUGCUGAGAUUGAGGUCCUCAAUAGACCAACUUCAAACCAGGAUUAUCAUUCAGGAACAGAAUCUAAGGCAAACUGCGAUGUUCGAACGAUUAGGAUAAUCUAG